CCGAGAGGCGGCGACGAGUCCCCGCCCUACUCCUGCUCCUGGUCCUGUUCCCGCCCCGCUACUUCCACACUCCCGCUCGCGGUCCGGUCCCAGGCGGAGGGGCAGGAUGAGCGACCCGGCCGUGUUCAGUUUCCUCACCCAGACGCUGUGCUCCCAUGGCGGGCGGCUGGGGCUGCGGGAGCUGCAGGAGUACGUCGGGCUCUCGGCGCCGCAGCUGCAGGACACGCUGUCGGCGGCGGGCCCCCGGCGGUUCCUGGUGGUGGAGGGCGGCACGGAGGUCCUGGCUGUGACGGACGUGCGGGUCUGUGUCCGCAAGGAGUGCCACGGCUGCGAGCGGCUGCACCUCUGCAAGCUGCACCUCAUGGGCAGGUGCCACCUGCGGCCCAGGUCUUGUAAGUACUCGCAUGACAUCAUGAAUGCUGAGAACAAAAAAGUUCUAAGAAAUCACGAUUUGUCUGGCCUCAGUGAGAAUGAACUGCAAGUCCUGCUUCUCCAAAACGAUGCAUUCUUCCUCCCUGAUGCCUGCCAGUUUUACAACAAAAAAGGUGGUCACUGUAUGCAGCAAAACAACUGCAACAAGCUUCAUAUUUGUCGACACUUUCUCUACGGGACAUGUAAAUUUCCUCGAUGCAUAAUGUCCCAUAACAUCUUGGAUGACCAUGCAUUGAGAGUAUUGGAAACUGUAGGCAUUGAUGGGAAGAUAGCUUCAAACUUCCAGACUAUAUAUGAUAACAAGCACAUGGAGUUCAACAGGCAACAGAAGAAUGGGUAUGUACAUAACUCCAGACCAAGGAAUGAUUUUAGGAAAAAACCAGCAGUUACAAGGAUUAAAGAACCGAAGACAACUUUGCCAGCAGUGGAAUCCAUGCCGCAUGUGCCACCUUCACAAGGCUCCAGAAGCACCGUAUCUGUUCAGAGUCAAGACAAGUUGCCAACCCGAGUGGAAGAUAAAGGUGAAGGUCCCAGAAGCACUGUAUCUGUUCAGAGUCAAGACAAGUUGCCAACACAAGCGGGAGAUAAAGGUGAAGGUAAAAAGGGAAAUUCCUCUGAUAAAGCUUCAAAGGACAACAAAAAAGACAACUCUGAUGAGAUCUGUUUGUUCUAUGUCUGGAAGUACUGCAAAAACAAGGAUAAAUGCAAAUCUGUUCAUUACCAUUUGCCGUAUAAAUGGGAGAAAUAUGAUGGGUUCUUCUGGCAUGAACUUUCCAUGAUGGAGGAAAUUGAAAGGGCCUAUUGUGACCCAAAGAACAGCAGCAUGGCAAGUAGGAACAUUAAUUUCCAGACAAUGACCUGCUCUUCGUCUUUGGUUCGACGCCUCUCUACACCUUCGUCAGUCACAAAACCCACAUUCGUACUGACCACACAGUGGAUUUGGUACUGGAAGAAUAACCAAGACAAGUGGAUUGAAUAUGGAGAACAGGAAGAAGGGAACAGCGUGACCCCACCAUCUUCUGCUGUAAUCGAGGAUUUAUAUCAAGCAAAUCCAGAUGCUGUUGUACGUUUCCAGGCUGGCCAGCAUCAGUACGAACUCAAUUUUAAAGAAAUGACCCAGACAAACACUGCUUUUAAAACUCAAAGACAGGUCUGCAGGCGACCAAAAUUUGUGUCUUCUGAAGAUGUGCAGAAGAUAAAGACAAGCAUUCCAAAUCAAACCUGUCCUAGCCACUGGGAUGCAUCUGCACUGCCUGACUUGGGAUACAAGGCAGUGGUGAUGAGUAAUGUGACCUCUGAAUACAACCGAAUAAAGCAGCUGUUUCAUCAGACUAUGGAAAACUACAGCAUCCUUAAAAUACAGAGGAUUCAGAAUCCAUCCCUCUGGAAGGUCUUUCAGUGGCAAAAGGAGAAGAUGAAAAAGGAAAAUGAAGGAAAGGAAGUCCAGGAAAAACUCCUGUUCCAUGGAACUGACGUCAUGUCCAUGAAAACGAUCUGCACUCAGAACUUUGACUGGAGAAUUUGUGGAAACAAUGGAACUAACUAUGGGAAAGGAAGUUACUUUGCUAGAGAUGCUUCCUAUUCCCAUGCCUACUGUCAGGCUACGCAGCAGGGAUACUUUAUGUUCGUGGCUCGAGUUCUGGUUGGAGACUACAUUAAAGGCAACACCACCUAUGUCCGUCCCCCAAGGAAGUCUGCUGACAGGCUGUGGUUUUAUGACAGCUGUGUGGAUGAUGAGUCAAAUCCUUCUGUUUUUGUGGUCUUUGAAAAACACCAGAUUUACCCAGAGUAUGUAAUAGAGUAUAAAGCAGAGGUAAUAAGCACUUGUAAAGAGGAGGGAACAAGAGUGUGUAAAGAGGAGGGAACAAGUCCAUAUAGAGCAGAGGGACUAAGAGUGCGUAAAGAGGAGGGAACAAGUCCGUAUAGAGCAGAGGGACUAAGAGUGCGUAAAGAGGAGGGAACAAGUCCAUAUAGAGCAGAGGGACUAAGAGUGCGUAAAGAGGAGGGAACAAGUCCAUAUAGAGCAGAGGGACUAAGAGUGCGUAAAGAGGAGGGAACAAGUCCAUAUAGAGCAGAGGGACUAAGAGUGUGUAAAGAGGAGGGAAUAAGUCCAUAUAGAGCAGAGGGACUAAGAGUGUGUAAAGAGGAGGGAACAAGUCCAUAUAGAGCAGAGGGACUAAGAGUGCGUAAAGAGGAGGGAACAAGUCCAUAUAGAGCAGAGGGACUAAGAGUGCGUAAAGAGGAGGGAACAAGUCCAUAUAGAGCAGAGGGACUAAGAGUGCGUAAAGAGGAGGGAAUAAGUCCAUAUAGAGCAGAGGGACUAAGAGUGCGUAAAGAGGAGGGAACAAGUCCAUAUAGAGCAGAGGGACUAAGAGUGUGUAAAGAGGAGGGAAUAAGUCCAUAUAGAGCAGAGGGACUAAGAGUGUGUAAAGAGGAGGGAACAAGACUGUAUAAAGCAGAGGGAAUAAGUGAGUGUAAAGAGGAGAGAAGAAAAUGUGUUAUAUCUUAGAGGAACGUGGCAGUUUGUGUCCCUCAUCUUGUUUUCCGUAGUGCAGGUGUUCUCCUACUUGGUGACUUCUUUUUAAUACAGUUCUUUAGAAUGUUAAUCCAAACAAUUUUUGCAUUGAGGAAGGCUGGCAAGGCACAUGCUACAUUUGUUGUGACUGCCUUAUCUUCUUCUCUUCCUCUCUUAAAUGAAGCAUAGACAUUUUGAUGACCAUAGCAGGAAAAUCAGAAUUGUGGGAUGGGAAAUUGAAUGUUAUAACUGCUGUGGGUUAAUAAUUGUAAAUGCAUCAUCUAAAAAAAUAGAGAGGAUUUCUCUUUGCAAACAGUUAAAAGAAAAAUUAACAGUGCAGUAGUUUUUAAGGAAGCUUUCAGGUUUUUAGUAGCCAGUGCAGAAUUCAUCUGUUCUUGAUCUUCUCAUCUAACAUUAUUAUAAACAGUUCAGUGUAGGUAAUAAUGACUUGAGUUUGUUUUCAAAGCACUUCUUGUUAAUGCUGGUACAAGUUUCAAGUUAAAAUGGUAAACAAAAAUAGAAAAAGCGUAUUUUAAAUCCAUGUUGUUAAUUCUCGAGAAUUUUCAUCUGUACAAUGGCAGAUGGAUCAGAAAGCUGUUGGAUCAGGUUCUUUGUGGAAAGUUGCAGUAACUUGCUGUAACAUAUACAAAAGCAGAGCUCAUCUGAAACUGUAAAAGCCACGAUGUGUGAGCAGAUGCCAAAACUUGGUAGUUUGGCUGCAGCUAAUGGCCAUAAGGACACAAAGGCUGUGUCCCAACGAGCCAGGCUUUCCAGUGGAUGUGGCCACGUAGCGCCAUAGGACAGGAGAAACCUCUAAGGAGCAUAAAAACGUUCUGUCCUGUUUGUGUGCAUUAAUUUUCGCUUUUCCAGACGUAGAACGGAACUGAAAGAGACCAGUUAGGUUCUCUCGAGGCCAGUGGUAGAACUGCUGUCCUAAGGCACCGUCUGCAUGUUCUGCUGCCCACUUGCGUGGGGCAGUGUGCUGACAAGUGAGGAUCCUCUUGUGUUUUCUGGGUGAUCCUGGGUCAGAAACCAGUGUAGUUUCUACUAGCUGUUAGCAGGGAGUCUGUAAAUGGAUCGAAGUGAAGGCCCUCUGUACAAAAUGCCAUAUUCAGGCACUUCAGCUGUUCAGAGGGAAACUGGUGGUGAGGAUAGAGGAGCAGUAAUUUUUACCUUCAGAUAGGCUCACAGAAACACCAAUAUCUUCUAAGGUUUUUGCAUCUGUGAUGCAAAUCUGUCAACCACUCAAAAGAUUUCAAGUUCUUCCCAAGAGGAAGGGAAAAGAGAAAUCCAGAAAAGCUUAUUAAAAUGACUUAGAACUAAAUGAAAACGUGCGGGUAAGGUUUUAACACUUUUAAGAUCUCUCGUUUGCCUGUAGAGUUCCUGAAUUACUGAGCUUGCUGUAUUUGCAAAUAAAACUUGUUUUCAGACACUUUCA